AUUUGAAAAGUACCUCGAAAAAGGGACAGAAAAGAAGAGCCAGUAACAGUCGGGAUCUUUUCAAAACGGACAAGGUAACUACCUUUUCCUAUGAGUUUUGAUUCCCCUUAGACUGCUAGCUAGAAUUAUUAUACUGCGCUAGCUAGAUAAACAGAAUUGGGCUCCACAAUUUCAAAGAAAUAACAUUGUAAAGUAUUUAUGUUGUUCUCCUUUUGUUAUCACUAUAAUGUGUUGGUUGACCUACUCGCAACUAGCUUGCUUGCUAACGUUUGCCGGUUGGGGAUAAAUGAUAGUGAGCUAGCUAACGAAACGAGCUGGUUAGCUUAGCUAGACUCGAACAGUUAGUUAAAAUUAGAUACUGGGUAGCUACUCAGUUGGCUAUUUCUUCUAUUCAUAUUGUAGGGAGAAAAUAUAGAAAGGCGUCUACAAUGGUCCUGAGUCAGAGUGAUGCGGCCAAGAGCCUGACCGCUGCCGCAGCCAAGGGAAAUACGGACGAGGUCCGGACGAUGCUGGGGCCGGAAUGCAGAGUGCACCCCGAUACUGUCAAUGAAUUUGGCAAGACCGCUCUACAGGUAACUAACUGGUCCUCAUUGAACUGUCAUUGUGUCCUAGCCUGUAAUAUUUAGACUCAAACUGUGUAUGCUUUGAAUGUACUAUAGCUAGCUAGCUAAGUCUGUGUGGGUGGGAGAGGGAGACAACAACAGAUCUGUCUGCCCCAUGGUUGCUUCCCCAGAAUGGUUUUCUUAUACGUUGUUGUUUGAAUGAAGGACAGUGAAACCAGUGUUCAACUAUUUUCUUUGAAGCAUCAUGUAACAACCGUGUCUAUUGCUCAUUAAUAGCUAAAGUGUUGGACAACCAUUCUGACAAAUGUACCUAACCUAGCUAGCUAUAUAACUAUGUUCUUCUUUAUAAUUCCCCUACAUAAAAUUCAAUUGUUACAAUCCCAUGAACUCUCUCCCACUAGGCCUAUGUCAAACACUGCAUCAUGUGAUGAAAACAUUUGGUAACGCCCUCUAACAUCAAGUCUCCUUCUGUUCUCCCUAGGUGAUGAUGAUGGGCAACUCCAACGUGGCCAGCUUACUGUUGGAGCACGGAGCUGACCCAAACAUCACGGACCGGCGAGGAGUCUCACCGGCGCAUGAUGCGGCACGCACUGGCUUCGUGGACACACUCCGGGUUCUGGUGGAGUUCGGAGCGUCAGUCAACAGGCCAGACCACACCGGCACCCUACCCAUCCACAUCGCUGUCCGAGAGGGCUACCGGGACGUCGUUGAGUUCCUUGCGCCACUCUCCAACCUCAAACACCGCAACACCAGUGGAGAGACAGCGGUGGACCUCGCCCGAGCCUCAUCGUCGUGUACACCGGAUUUGGUGGAGCUUCUAGAGAGACAGCUGGAAUCUAAACUGUUCUCUCACUCCCCACCUCUCCCUCUU